GGCCAGAUGAAGGGUGAUGACAGCGCUCCUCCUGGUUUUAUCCUCAUUUUACCUCUGGUGCUCGAGCUGGAAGGACUGUGUCUGUUUCUCUGGAUAAACAAGUUAUUAAUAUCGAAGGUUCAGAAGAUACAGCUCACAAUGAAGACCUGGCUUGUUCUGGUCCUCCUGGGACUCAUGGUCCAGGACGCGGCGGCAGUGACUCACUCUCUGAAGUAUUUCUACACUUCGUCUUCUGGAGUCCCAAACUUCCCAGAGUUUGUGGCUGUUGGAUUGGUUAAUGACGUUCCAAUAGGUCAUUAUGACAGUAAUACCAAGAGAGCCGAACCCAAACAGGACUGGAUGAGCAGAGUCACAGAAGAUGAUCCUCAGUACUGGCAGAGGGAGACUGGGUACUUGGUAGGUCAACAGCAGGCCUUCAAAGCCAACAUUGACGUUGCAAAGCAGCGCUUCAACCAAACUGGAGGUGUCCACAUUUUCCAGGAGAUGAGUGGCUGUGAGUGGGACGAUGAGACUGGAGAGGUCAAUGGUUUUAAUCAGUAUGGUUAUGAUGGAGAAGACUUCCUAGCAUUGGACCUGAAGACAUCUACAUGGAUCGCUGCAAAACCACAGGCUGUCAUCAUCAAACAAAGUUGGGAUGCGGACAAAUCUAGAAUAAAACACAAUGAGAUUUACCUCACUAAGAUGUGUCCUGAAUGGCUGAAGAAGUAUGUAGACUACGGAAAGAUCUCUCUGCUGAGAAAAGAUCUUCCCUCAGUGUCUCUCCUCCAGAAGUCUCCCUCCUCUCCAGUCAGCUGCCACGCUACAGGUUUCUACCCUGACAGAGCCAUGAUGUUCUGGAGGAAAGAUGGAGAGGAGCUUCAUGAGGACGUGGACCUCGGAGAGAUCCUCCCCAACCACGAUGGAUCCUUCCAGAUGAGUGUUGACCUGGACCUUUCAUCAGUCCCAGCUGAAGACUGGAGGAGGUACGACUGUGUGUUUCAGCUCUCUGGUGUGGAGGACCACAUCGUCACCAAACUGGACAAAGCAGAGAUCAGGACCAACAGAGUGACUCACUCUCUGAAGUAUUUCUACACUGCGUCUUCUGGAGUCCCAAACUUCCCAGAGUUUGUGGCUGUUGGAUUGGUUGAUGGCGUUCAGAUAACUCGCUAUGACAGUAACACCAAGAGAGAAGAACCCAAACAGGACUGGAUGAGCAGAGCCACAGAAGAUGAUCCUCAGUUCUGGGAGAGGAACACUGAGAUAUCUAAGGGUAACCAGCAGGCCUUCAAAGCCAACAUCGAAAUUGUAAAGCAACGCUUCAACCAAACUGGAGGUGUCCACGUUCUCCAGUGGAUGUACGGCUGUGAGUGGGACGAUGAGACUGAUGAGGUCAAUGGUUAUGAACACUUUGGUUAUGAUGGAGAAGACUUCAUAUCAUUUGACCUGAAGACAGAGACGUGGAUCGCUCCAAACCAACAGGCUGUCAUCACCAAACACAAGUGUGACCAUAACACAGCUGAGAUAGCUCAGAGAAAACACUACUUCACCCAGAUCUGUCCUGAGUGGGUGAAGAAGUAUGUGGACUAUGGGAGGAGCUCUCUGCUGAGAACAAAUCUUCCCUCAGUGUCUCUCCUCCAGAAGUCUCCCUCCUCUCCAGUCAGCUGCCACGCUACAGGUUUCUACCCUGACAGAGCCAUGAUGUUCUGGAGGAAAGAUGGAGAGGAGCUUCAUGAGGACGUGGACCUCGGAGAGAUCCUCCCCAACCACGAUGGAUCCUUCCAGAUGAGUGUUGACCUGGACCUUUCAUCAGUCCCAGCUGAAGACUGGAGGAGGUACGACUGUGUGUUUCAGCUCUCUGGUGUGGAGGACCACAUCGUCACCAAACUGGACAAAGCAGAGAUCAGGACCAACAGAGGGAAGCCUUCUGACAGGACCAUUCCCAUCACUGCUGGAGUGCCUGUUCUUGCUGUCGUCUUCUACGUCUUCGUCUUCGUCUUCGCCUCUGGUAUAUCUUGCUGGUACAUCUUUCUGUCGUCUUCGGAACUGCCACUGGAUUCUUUUUUUACAAAAAGAAGAGAGCCAAACGCCCUCCACAAGCUCCUCACAAAAGCUCUGAGCUCUCUGAGAAACUGAAUCCAGAGACCUGAUUUACAAACACAUCCUGAUAUGCAUAUUGGUUUCAGCUCUGGACAACAUCUUUAUGGACUCUAUGCUAGCGGACAUAAACUUCUGAUUUGCAAACCCAUCCUGCACACAGUGAGUUACUUCAAAUGGGACUGUAAGCAGUAAAUGCUGUGACGUGAACUAUUCACAUCUCCAGUUAAACAAUCCCUGAAAUGAUAAGAUUCCUACAACAAACUGUUAUAUUAAAGCCCCUAAAAAACUUGCUUUAGAAAUCAUGAGUAUACAGACCCUUUCCAAAAAAUUAGAAUGUCAUGGAAAAGU